GACAGCCUGAAGGCAGAGCCUCUCACGAUAUUGAAUCAUGUCCGGGGAAAGGUUAUCCUAUAUGGACGAGGGUACCUUACGCAAGCUUCUGGAGGUGACACUGGACUUGGCAGAGCGGAAAGAGAUUCGAACAGCAAUCCGUGAACUGCGUAGAAAGGAGAUGGAGAGAUGUGAGGAGGCACUGGCAUCCAAACGGUUUCGAUCAGAGAGGAGCAAUGAACAGGAGGAUAAAGAGAACCAGCCAGGGGCUAACAGAGAGGAACAACAGCAGAGAGCACUGAAUGCCCUAGCUGUAAGGCUUCAGAAUAUCGGUGAUCUGGAGGAGCUGACAUCUCUGCUCCGACAUUCCAAAGAAUAUGAGGAGAGAAAGCUGAUCAGAGCAGCUAUUCGAAAAGUGCGAAAUGAUGAAAUUGAGGCUGCAUCGCUGGGAGGGAUGGCGAUUAGACAAAGCAAUGACCAAGACAAUGGAAAGCUAGUCUUCAAAAGCCAAGAUGCUGUUGGGGACAUUGUGCCGUCUUUGGCACAGGAGAGAGAAGACCUAGAAGAAAGGCAGAAAAUUAGAGCUCAGAUUCAUGAACUGAGGAGUGCACAGAAUGGUGGCAGCCACAUAGCAGGAUCCAAAGAAAUAGAAUCUGAUAUGCUGCUGCGCCUCACGGUUCCUAAGGAACAAUUGUCUUCUUCAACCUCUUCAUCCACCUCUUCGUCCACCUCUUCGUUUACAUCUUCCUCAUCAGAACCUUCCAGUUCAUCACAGUGUCAAUCUACAGAGCUCUUGUCUGUAAGUGAAGAGUUGGAAGGAAACUCCCACAAUGGCAGAAAUGAGGUGUUUAUGGAGCCAACACCAGAGGGCAGUGGUUCUGGGACAGAGGAACCACCACAUACAUAUGUGGCCUCCCACAAACAGAAUGUCAAGUCAGAAGAAAAGCCUUUGCCAGUAUGGACUGGCAGAGCUGGUAUUCACCUCAACUAUAGGCUGGCAGCUGAUAACAAGGGAUCUUUUCCAGAGGUAGUGACACCAGCAGCUCCCUUCUCUGAACCAGAUGAUCAGACCUCCAAUGCGCCAUUUAGAAGAGCUUAUUCAGUCAGGGACAGAGUGAAGAAGUUUUCAGAGGAGUCCUCCACUAUAACUCCUGCCUUGGGUUUCCGUUUUGGAAGCAUGCGUGCUGAGAGAGCCCCAGUUAAAGGAACACAUGUACUGCAGCAGCAUUCCCUAUUCUCUGUCGGACAAGAUAAUAACCAGAAAGCUGCACAAAAUGAUAGACUGGUUACUAAACAAGAAGUCACUCGUACAGUUUCAGGGCCCUGUAGCCGCAGGUUAGAUGGAAUUUCUACAGCCGGGACACAGAGCACUAACAAAAUACAGUCAUUUAAAUCCCCUUUCAUACCUGAGCUAAACAAUUCCAGGAGCACGUCCUUAAAAGGAUCCUCAUCUCACAGCUCUACAGGACACUGCACAUCCUCCAGGGAAGUGAAUAGAGGACUUCCACAAAGCCAAGGCUCCUUCAUCCUCAGGCAGGAUAGUGGGAGGAACCACGAAGACCAAUUGAAAGUUCCCCUACCUAUGACAAAAAGGGGGAGGAUUGUUGAAAACUCAGAUGUAGCCAAUACAGUAUCAGAGGAACCAGGCAGCCUACAAUCCUCCACACAUCCCUGCAAAUCCACCACAGGCACUCAAGAAGAGACUGAGGACACUGACAUGAAGACACUGCUUACAAUUGAAAUUAAGGAUGGGAGAACUCAGACUACAAGUAGUCGGGUGGUGGGUCAGCCUGGAAACCAGCGAGCAGAGUUGACAUUGGGACUCACAAGUACACCAUUUAGAAUUAACAGUGGCUUUAGCACAAGCAGUGAUGGGGCUAGCAGCGGGAUCGCUACAAGAAGCAUAAGGACUGAGAGCAGGACCACCACACAAAGUGGGAUCACUUCCAGCAAUAAUGUCAUCAAGGUUGAGCCAGAAACUCCCCAACAAACUCCCCAGCAGGUGGAGGUGUUUCUACCAAGUAGAACAGAGAAUAAAGAACCAGAGAGCAAGGGCAAGCUGACAGCAGAGGCACUGAGUUCUAUAGAGGAAGAGGAGGUUCUGGAUAAAAUGCUGGAUAAGACCACAGACUUUGAGGAGAGGAAGCUAAUCAGGGCCGCAAUGAGGGAUCUGCGACAGAGAAAGAGAGAGCAACGAGAGAAGGAGAGAGAACAGCGCUUACAGGAGUUAAAGACCAAGGAAAGAGACUCAAAGCUGGCACGAAGCACAGAAUCCAGCGUCCGACAGAGCGAGACAACCAACCGUGGCUCUGCCAUCAGCACUGUCACCAAAACACAGAGGCUUGUGCAGUCCAAUGAUGGCAGCAAAACCUCUAGCACAACUACAGUGGAGGCCAGUUACAUGAAACGAUCAGAGAAUGGCGCAACCAUUGUUCAGACUAAAUCAUCGUUUAGUGCCACAUCCAAGAAAGUUGGCAGCAUUUUUGAUCGUGAGGAUGAGGGGCUGUCCAGGGCCAACAGUGUGACUGCAAUGGAGCGGCGUCAGGCAGAAAGGAAAAAGGAGCUCAUGCAGGCUCAAAGCCUCCCUAAAACGCCAGCCACACAGUCACGCAAGGCCAUGAUUGAGAAGAUGGAAAAGGAAAGUGGAGGCCCAGCCAGCCCAGCCAUUGCUAAGGUUGCAACACCACGUUCAGCUGCAUUUGGUGUGCCUAAUGCGAACAGCAUAAAGCAAAUGCUUUUAGACUGGUGCAAAGCCAAGACGCGUGGGUAUGAGAAUGUGAACAUUCAGAACUUUUCCUCCAGCUGGAAUGAUGGAAUGGCAUUUUGUGCACUUGUCCAUAAUUUCUUUCCUGAAGCAUUUGACUACAGCCAACUGAACCCACAAAACCGGAGGAAAAAUUUUGACCUGGCCUUCUCGGCUGCAGAAAUGCUUGUGGACUGUGUCCCUCUGGUGGAGGUGGAGGACAUGAUGAUCAUGGGGAAGAGACCAGAUUCCAAGUGUGUCUUCACUUACGUCCAGUCCUUGUACAACCACCUGCGGCGGCAUGAGAUGCGUCUACGCAAGUCUGAGUUUUAAUUAUGUGCCCUUCUACUUCUAUGGCUUCCCCUGGCACAGCGCUAACACUUCUGGCCCCCACCAACUAAAGUUCUGCAUCACAGAUGAAUGUUAAGAGGUUGCACAUAUGAUUGAUAGUUAUGUAUAUUCCCUUUCAGAUAUUUAACAAUGUUCUGCCUCUUGUCCCCUGAUGCCAGAGGCUUGCAAGUAUUGCAGUGCGAUCCUCUGCUGUCUCUCUGGCACACGAGACCUACCAUUGCUGUGCCAGUGGAAUGCCAUCACUGCCUCAGAUGCCCGUCCCUCUCUACAGAAUUAAUAUAUUUAGAUUAUAUUAUUAUAUAGCACCAAGUAAGUGCUGGGCCUUUAAGAAAUCACUGCCACAAGCUUCAGAACAUUGCUUCACUCCGUAAGAGACCCGGAAUACGCUUCACUUGCAGCUGGAGCAUUUUAAAGAAUAGUUAUUUUAAUAUAUUUAAUAGCAGUCUAUUUAAUCCUGUUUAUGUCUGUUAUUGAUGGUGUUUAAUGAUGGUUUAGAGAAGGCACAGGCAAGGGAAGGUGCUCCAAUGGUUUUGGAAAUACAAUGUCCAUAAUGAACCAUGUAGCUUGUAAGGCAUUGUGUGAGUUUGAGUUCUGUAUUAGCUGGUGCACACACAUUGCCUUUCUCUGAAUUAUAAUUGUAUUUCAUGUAUUUGAAUCCAUCUGUUUUGAGCUUUUGCAAAAUGGAGGUUUCAUUAAUGAACCUAUUGGUAGUGUUAUCUAAAAUAAAUGUUCCCACAGAGCUGCUAUCCCAAAGCAGGCAGAUCCAUGCUGCAGAGCUUGUAAAAGUAGUGCUUAGAUACAUUAUUAUUAUUAUUAUUAUUAUUAUUAGCUUACCUUCAGAUGUGAAGUUGUGGAGCACAGCUUGAUUGUAGUGGAUAGAGGGAUUCAUCUGCUAGCCCUCAUGGCAUGGCUUUUUUUUCUACUGCAGAAUUCUGGGUAACAGUACUAAAAUAAGCACACCCAGACUCGCAAUAUAGCACUUUAUAGUUCCUAAUUCUUGUACCUUUACAUGUGUUUUUUUAUGUGUGAGAACGCUCUCCCCCCUCCAGUUGACAGAGGGAAUAUGAUGGAGAGGAAAGGUUAGAUGUACUAUUUUGUCAUUGCAGUGUAAACUCCUUACAUGUCUGUUACUCUGCCAUACAAAGGCUACCAGGGUCACUGCUCACAUUUCAAAAUGCUAGUUUGGAUAAACAGCAUGUGUUACUGUAUUAUUACUGUCAUUUCAGUUAACCCUUAACAUCAUUCAGCGGUAAAAAUAAUCUAACUAUAUGUCUGCAUUUACAAUAUCUAUAUCUGCUUAUAUAAGUUGUAUGGAUUUAUUUACACAGGUACACACAUAGAUACACCCGCUAGUGUAUAAAUAUAUGUAUUUGUGUAAUUAUUACAUUUAUAAGUACACUUAUAUACUGAACUCAUGCACACAUAUACAUGUUAUAUAGACUGAUACCACCGUCUAUAGCAGCUUCCAUAUAGUGCAGCCCUGUUAUACUGGGUAAUAUGCAGAUCCUGGUCUGUAUGAUUUAUUUCCUCGCUGAAUGCACAUCCCUUACUUCCCUUAUGCGCGUUUGUAGCUCGCCAGUCCGGCAGCGAUUUCAUUGUAAGGAAACAGUUUUAACCUGAUCACUCCUCAAACACAGCUUUUGUGUCCAUUCUUUUUAUACACCAGCAUGUGCUGACAUUUUAAUAAAGUUCUAUUAACUGA